CUUUCGGAUGUUGUGCGUUCCUCCCUGGUUUGAGUUUGGCUAAAAAAAGACACUCAACCAUGAUAUUAACAUAAGUUCUAAUGGGGAAGUCUCGCGUUCACUGGCUGCGCUUCCCUUUUCUAAGAUUGACCAGCAGCUUUCGAAGGUGCCCUCUUUCAAUAAGGAGUUUGAUAAUUGCGAGCGUGUGUGUUGUCCAUUUGUUGUUGGUGGUUUCACAUUUUGGAUACUCGCAGCACCAACGGGAACGAGGGAUUGACAAAGACAAGUACCGAAACGCCCGUGGAUUGUAUAAUUUGGAUAUUAGUGAUGCGCUGCCAGACUCUGUGGAUUUGCAGACCGGUGCGAGCUUUGUGGUCCCGACACGGUACAACGUGGUGUAUAUAACGCUAAAGUCUAAGCGCCUGAAACCAGCACAUAUUCGGGGUACAAUCAGACCAAAACUGAGGAGAAAAGUAAGAAGAAACAAUGAGGCUAAUUCCGCUUUUACGCAGUACAAACUUGGAACUUUGGAGCGAGACGCGGUCCAAAUUAAGCGUAAUUUUGCAUCCAAGACUUCCUUAGGAGAACCCAGGGAUGUUUAUUAUAAAUCUUUAGCUAUACCCCAUACAUUUCCUACGGAUACACAGAUAGACUCUCACAUAAGUUCUAUCCGAAUUUACAGUCAGAGGGCACCGCCAUGGAUCAGCCCACAGGACGUGGAAGCCAUGCGCUUUCUUGCGGAUGCCAACGUUUUGCGCAUCAAAGAAGUUUAUCGCGGAGACUCUCCGACACUUCUGAUAUUUGAGGGCGAGACAAGCGUCCCAAUGAAAAACCAAAAACACACACAACGGAGCAAUGUAUGUGGAGGGCAGUGUGGAGUAAUCAACAGCCCCGUGGACACCACUGAGGUCUUUGCUUUCCAUCUGGACAGGGUGCUGGGGCUCAAUAGGACAUUGCCAGCUGUGAGCAGAAAGUUUAGCUUUUUACACGAUGGCCAGCCCUGUCCAGUGGUGUCAUGGGAUGCAUCUCUCUACCCAGAAGGCCUUGCUGAAGGCCGGUCGACCGUGAGGUUAACAUGGGGGGAGUACCAGAACUCCCUGAAACAGAAGUGUUGGCAUAAAAACAUCAGCCCAAAGCCUGACUCCGGAUGCUUCACAGUUCAUCACUAUGAGUGGAGUAAACUGGCUCUGUUUGACUUCUUGUUACAGAUUCACAACCGUCUGGAUCAGAGUUGCUGUGGAUUCAGGCCCAGGCAGGAGGAUGUUUGUGUGGAACUCGGCCACCAUGCUCUAUGUGGGGACCCAAACCACAUACAACUGACAAACAUCAUCCACAGGGAUCAGGACCCCAGACACCUGGUCUUCACCAUCAACAAGGGGUUCUUCGACCGCAAUGAGGACAACUUGGACUUCAGGCUCCUGGAAGGAAUCAAAGAGCUGCCAGAGCAGGCAGUGUCCGUGCUGAAGAGCAAGAGGCUGAGGGAGAAGCUCCUCCAGUCUCUUUUCCUGGACCAGAUAUACUGGGAGAGCCAGGGCGGCCGGCAGGGCAUCGACAAGCUGAUCGAUGUAAUUGAGAGGCGGGCCAAAGUCCUCCUCACCUACAUCAAUGCUCAUGGGAUCAAAGUCAUCAAAAUGCACGUAUGAUGCGAGUCACAUCAAUCAAGUGGCGAAAUUACUGAGAUGUGCCUUCAAUGCGUCCCUUCAGAAUGUCCCUUUACAAGCCACUGGAACUUUAUCCAUUUACAUUGGCUACAUUUUGUAAAGUGGCUCUGGGAAAAGAAAAGCUAUCUAAUAUCUAAAAAGGAUGUGUGCCAAUGAUUUAAUAUCAAUUUAUAUCACAAGAGUGUGAGAGCAUAUGGUGUUGAGUAAAACUGUCCCUACUCUUCAGGAUCAUACAAUUUUAAUGUGAAAUAUUGGAAAAAUGAAACAAGAUUAUUGAGAAAUUACAGAUUUUUCUUUAUACAUUUGUAAAAGAUAACAAUUAUCAUAUUGCUAAUGAAUGACUAAUUAUAAAUUAAAUUCCCCACUAUAAUUUUUAAAACAGCAUAAGUUGUGCUGUUGUUAACUCUUUGAUAGAAAGCCAUUCAAGUCAUUUGCGGUUACGGAAACCUAUCAUUUGCAUAUACUAAGAGAGGCUAAUUUGACAUUUCAAAUUAGCCUAACUUUUACUAAAUGAAAAUACUUCCUUCUUCAUUUAUUUCUUCCCUACAGGUGAAUACACUGCCAUCAUUAUGUACAGAUUAGAAUAUGCUGCAGUUAUAACUUUCGCUUCCAGUGUAAUUUGCAUUGUGUAUGAACGGAAUGCACUAAAUGAUACGUUAUUUUCUUCUCUGCUGGUUAAGUGUGUUUCUGGAACUAAGAUGUUCUUAGCCUAUAGCUAACAAGCCACAACCCAUCCAGUUGGCUUGUUUGUGGUCACACGUUAUACACUGAAUACAAUAUUUCCAUUCUAAUAAAUUAUUUAAUCCACA